CGCAAUCGCAACCCCACCGCCAUAAGCGCACCUCUAUCGAUAACGCCUGAGAUUAUAACUUCAUCAUGAAUAUCAAAUCACUCUUCACCGUCUUGAUCGUCCUUGUCGUUGGCAUCGUUGGGGCUUUCGCUGAAGCGGCCCCGAUGGGCUCCUUGAAGCAAGAGACUAAGGCGUUCAUUGUCCGCUAUGCCUCGAACACACCGGAGAAGGUGAUCGAUGCUGCUAUUGAGAACAUCAAGUCCAUUGGCGGCGAACUGACGCACCGAUACACCCUAUUCAAGGGAUUCUCUGCAGUUGCGCCUGUUGACGCGAUCUACGCUUUGAAAGCGGAAGAGUCGCCGUUCCUGCAAGACAUCGAGGAGGAUCAGCUCGUGACUAUCGCAGAUCAGCCUAAGCUUGAGGACACUAGGUGGUGAUCGUUUAAUGAGUCAAGUUUGUCUUAGGCCGCUACUUUUGGCACAUUCUAUACGUUAACCAGAGUUGGGUUACUGUUACUCCUUUGCUUUGGUAUGGCGUGUUGCAUAAACAUUCCUUUUUACAAUUCAGGAACGCA